UAUAGGCCUCUCUUUCUCUCUAGAUUUCUCCCUAAUUCUUCAUUUAGGAGGGAAAACAUACGCCUCCUUUGUUUUUGCUUUUUUUGUGAAAUCUGGUGUCUGAUUGUCUCUUGCUAUUCCAUAUAUACACUUCUGUUCAUCUUUUGACAUGGAGAGUGCAGAGGUGAUGGUUGAAGAUGAAGAAAUUUUGGAUGAAAUCGGUGCCCUGAACGGCGAAAAAUCGGUUCUUGACGGUUCAAUUGCUGAAAAUUUGAAGGUAAGAAAGAGGGGUCGGCCUGAGGAGAAUCACCACGAGAAUAAGUGUCGAGUUUGUGGAGAAAGUAAUGAUCUUGGCAGGAAAACUGGAGAAUCUGAUGGAGGUAGCGAAAAGUUGAAAGAUUUAGUGAAGGAAAAUGGUGGGGUUGAGGAAGGGAAGGCGAUGGGAGAAGAUAAAGAUAGUUUGGGAGAUGUAAAAAAGGAAAAUUUUGUUUCUUCUUCUGCUACAGAAGAAGAAACAAGGAAAGAUCUGGAAGAAGAGGAUAUUGUAAUUUUAAAAGGAAAGGGGAAGAAAAAGAGCAUGGUAGAGAUUGAACGGCGGCAUUCUGGGGUUAGAAUGUCUAAGAAAAUAGCGGAGGAGAAGAUUAGAAGGAACAUUGAGUCGAGUAUCAGAGAUGAUGAAGAUGAGGGGGCAUCAAAUAGGGUGAAGGGAAAAAAGAGGAAUAAAAAUGGAACUUCACUGAAAGAGAGUGAAGUCGGAGCUGAAAUAGCCCGAAUGGAGGAUAAGAAGCGUGGUAAAAUGAGCUUGCGUGAUGAAGGCAAGGGGGAGUGUGAAGGAAAAGAGCUAAAUGGGACUGCAUCAGCAGUUGGGGAAGGGAGGGCGAUGGAAGAAGAUAAAGAUAGUUCGGGAGAAGAGGAUAUAGUAAUUUUAAAAGGAAAGGGGAAGAAAAAAAGCUUGGUAGGGACUGAACCGUGGCAGUCUGGGUCUAGAAAGGCCAAGUUAAAGGCUGUUGAGAAGAUGCAAUUGGACAUUGCAUCGCAGCAUAUCACAGAUGAUGAAAAUAGGGGGAAGCGCAAAAAGAAGAAUUACAAUGGAACUUCGCUGGAAGAAGAGAGAGAAUUCGGAGCUGAAAUACCCCAAAUGGAGGAUAAGAAGACUGAAAGAAGGAGUUUGCGUAAUAAAGGCAAUGGGGAGUGUGAAGGGAAAGAGCUAGAUGGGACUGUACCAAAGUCCAGAAUUGGACUUAAAAGGGAUGAGAAUGGAUAUCUGGAAUCAAAUAUGUGUCACCAAUGCCAAAGAAAUGACAAAGGAGAGGUCGUCCGGUGCACGAAAUGUAAGACGAAGCGAUAUUGUGGUCACUGUAUAACGAACUGGUACCCUGACCUGUCAGCGGAAGCUUUGGCAGAGGCUUGUCCUGUUUGUCAACUGAACUGCAAUUGCAAAGCAUGUUUACGCAUGGAAGUUUCUGUGGAAGCUGCUGCCAGUAUUAAGGAGAAGUCGAAGUUUACAAUUGGCAAAGAUGAGAAGAUUCAGUACUCUAAGUACAUCAUAAAAGAACUCCUGCCAUUUGUUGAACAGAUUCACAAAGAACAAGUGACAGAGAGGGAGCUUGAGGCUAUUAUUCAAGGUGUAUCAGUUUCAGACUCUAAAAUCAUUGAAGCAGCAAUUGAUGCAGAUGAGCGCAUUUAUUGUGACAACUGUCGAACUUCUAUUGUUGACUACCACAGAAGCUGUCCUCGGUGUUCCUAUGACCUUUGCCUUAGUUGUUGUCGAGAACUCAGGGAUGGGCGCUUGCAGGGAGGUGAAAAAGGACCAUCUUUUAAAUAUGUCGACUACGGUUUUAAUUAUCUGCAUAAUAUCAAAGAAGAGAAUAUUUCAGAGAAGACGAAAAUUUCAAAGAGGAAUAUUUCAAAGAAUGUUGGUGGUCAGGAUAUUAUGGUGGUGGAUAAACCGGAUUCUUCAUUACAAUGGAAAGCAAAGGAAAAUGGUGUCAUUUUGUGUCCACCAAAAACCAAGGGAGGUUGUGGUGAAGAAAUUUUGGUAUUGAAGUGUUUGUUACCUGAUGGAUGUGUUUCAAAAUUGCGUGAGGAAGCAAAGGAAAUAUUUGAUGCAUACCAAACUGAAUGUGCCCCAGAAUAUCUUGAGAAUAGUUGUCCAUGUUCCAAAUUUUUGGAUGGAGAUGAUUUCAUUAACCAAAAGACAUGUAGAGCAGCCUCUCGAGAAGAUUCAAGUGACAACUCUUUAUACUGGCCUUCAGCUGUAGACAUGGGGCAUGGGGAUCUAAAACAUUUCCAGUGGCAUUGGUCAAAGGGUGAGCCAGUAAUAGUUAGUAAAGUACUUGAAACUACCCUUGGCUUGAGUUGGGAACCUAUGGUUAUGUGGCGUGCCUUCCGACAGAUUAAAAACAAUGACCACGAGACACGUCUAGAUGUGACUGCUAUUUCUUGCCUUGAUUGGUGUGAGGUUGAUGUGAAUGUUCACCAAUUUUUCACUUUGUAUUCGAAUGCGUAUACCGAGGCAGCACAUUUUGACAAAGCAGGGUGGCCUCAAAUACUAAAAUUAAAAGACUGGCCUCCUUCCACCUUAUUUGAGCAGCUGUUGCCUCGCCAUGGUUUGGAAUUUAUCAGCUGCUUGCCAUUUAAAGAGUAUACACAUCCUCAAGGUGGACAUUUGAAUCUUGUAACUGCGCUUCCUCCACAGUCCAUAAAACCUGAUAUGGGGCCAAAAACCUACAUAGCUUAUGGAUUUAAAGAAGAGCUAGGGCGUGGGGAUUCUGUAACAAAGCUUCACUGCGAUAUGUCUGAUGCGGUUAAUAUCUUGACACAUAUCAAAGGAGUAACAAUUACACCUAAGACGCGUCAGAAAAUUAAAGAAUUCAAAGCAAAGCAUGCUGCCCAAGAUCAAAGUGAGAUUUCGGGAGUUGUUCAGAAGGAAAUUGGGGAAGAAGUGAAAGCCUUGAAUGAGUCUGAUCUUGGCAAUAUGAAUGAUCCUGACAUGGAUGUUGAGCUAGGAGUUUCAAAUAUUGUUGAAAACAGCGCUAACAAAGACAGAGAGGAAAACCAUAAGGAGGUCUUAGAGAAAAAAGUUUUGAAUGCUGAUGAUUGUAAUGUUGACAUGGAUGUAAAUGAUCAAAUACAACUUUCUGGAGAAAAAGUGGAUGUUAAACUUGAUAUCGAUAAGGGUAGUCUUGAUGAUGAUGAUGAUAGUGGAGCCCUUUGGGACAUCUUUAGGCAACAAGAUGUUCCUAAAUUAGAGGAGUAUCUCAAAAGGCACUUCAAAGAGUUUAGACACAUCUAUGGUAAUCUGCUUCCAGAGGUUAUCCAUCCAAUUCAUGACCAAACUAUUUACUUGACUUCAGAGCACAAAAAACGACUAAAGGAGGAAUAUGGAAUUGAACCAUGGACAUUUGUACAGAGGUUAGGCGAUGCAGUCAUUAUACCAGCAGGCUGCCCUCAUCAAGUUAGAAAUUUGAAGUCUUGCACUAAAGUUGCUCUGGAUUUUGUGUCGCCUGAAAACAUUAGCGCAUGCUUCAAACUGACGGAAGAGUUUCGUCUGCUGCCCUUGAAUCACAGGGCUAAGGAAGACAAGCUUGAGGUGAAGAAAAUGCUGCUUCAUGCACUGAAGAGCGCUGUUGAUGAUGUGAAGGAAAACAAGCCAUCACAGCCCACAGAGGAAGUCAAGUCUUCGCAACCCAAGUCAUCCCGUAGAAAGGCACCCAAGCCAGGAAACCGUCACAAAAGGUGAUUAUAUUUUGGAGGCUCUUAGUUGGAUGAAGUUAUAAUCCACUGUGGAGGAGAAAGACCCUUUUUUGGAAUCCAUGGCCAUCUAAUAUAAUGCUAAUGUUAUCCUUCUUUUUUUUGUCAACAUUAACUUGUUAUCUAUUGUACUUAGAUUUUUCUGUACUUGAAUGGUGGAUGGCAUUGUGGCAAUAUAGUUGGUGGUUGUGUUU